GUGAUGGUGUGGGAACGAUAGAGGAUGCCCAAGCGCGCUCUUCAUCCAACCCAGGGUUUGGUACGUGUAGUAGAAGAAGCUGUGAUGGUGUGGGUCGUGUCAGGGGAGAAGUGUGUGGAUCUCUUUACCCAGUAUUACACUUGUUCUUAGAUAUUCUUGAUGCCUGAAGCCCCAGUGGCAGCAUAUUCAUAAGUGCGUGUUCUAAUAAGUAAUAAGUGGGUGUUCUAACAGGCAACAACAUGACCACAGGAGCAGAUGUCCGGGAUAUAUUGGAACUGGGGGGCACAGAACCCGAGAACAUAGGAACUAUAAAUAAAAAAGACAUCAUCAACUCCGAUAAGAAAAAAUCCAAAAAGUCUUCAGAGACCCUGACCUUUAAGAGGCCGGAAGGAAUGCACCGGGAGGUCUAUGCCCUGCUAUACUCUGAUAAAAAGGAUGCGCCUCCUUUGCUGCCAAGUGACACAACGCAGGGCUACCGUACAGUCAAGGCAAAGCUGGGCUCCAAGAAGGUGCGACCUUGGAAGUGGAUGCCCUUCACCAACCCUGCUAGGAAGGACGGAGCGAUGUUUUACCACUGGAGGAGGGCAGCAGAAGAGGGCAAGGAUUACCCCUUUGCCAGAUUUAACAAAGCAGUACAAGUUCCUGUUUAUUCAGAGCAGGAAUAUCAGAUGUACCUUCAUGAUGAUGCCUGGACCAAAGCUGAAACCGACCACCUCUUUGAUUUGUCACGCCGUUUUGAUCUCCGCUUUGUGGUCAUUCAUGAUCGCUAUGACCACCAGCAGUUCAAGAAACGAUCAGUGGAAGAUUUGAAAGAGCGCUAUUAUCACAUCUGUGCCAAGCUGGCCAAUAUUCGUGCUGUCCCAGGCACUGAUCUGAAAAUCCCUGUGUUUGAUGCUGGUCAUGAAAGGCGCAGGAAGGAACAAUUGGAGAGGCUAUAUAACCGAACGCCGGAACAGGUGGCAGAAGAGGAAUAUCUAAUCCAAGAGCUGCGAAAAAUUGAAGCCAGGAAGAAGGAGAGGGAGAAGCGGACGCAGGACUUGCAGAAACUCAUUACAGCUGCUGACACAACCACUGAACAAAGGCGCGCGGAGCGCAAGGCUCCCAAGAAGAAGCUGCCCCAGAAGAAAGAGACAGAGAAGCCUGCUGUCCCAGAGACUGCUGGCAUCAAGUUUCCAGAUUUCAAGUCUGCAGGUGUCACACUUCGGAGUCAGAGGAUGAAACUGCCGAGCUCCGUGGGACAGAAGAAGAUUAAAGCCUUGGAGCAGAUGCUGAUGGAACUCGGAGUAGACCUGAACCCAAUGCCGACGGAAGAGAUUAUUGUCCUUAGAUAAAUUCAAUGAGUUACGCGAGUGACCCGGUGUGUGCUGCUUUUAUGAGCCUUCCAAGCAAGCUCCUUUGCUAACUGUGGGAAUAUAUGAGCUUGCAGAUGCUGCGCGCACCAAGCUAAUGCAGGCUCCAUGGAAGCAGGUGGCACAGGACCCAGCACUGAGGGUGUCUCCCAUGCUGACGGGCAGUCAGGUCCCUGCACUGAUGAGGGCAAGAGUGACAUCAAGGAUCAGAUCAUCGAUGUGGUGGGGGCACCUCUCACACCCAAUUCGAGAAAACGCAGGGAAUCUGCCUCUAGCUCUUCCUCUGUCAAAAAGGUGAAGAAACCUUGAAUAACACAAGGUCCCAACUGAAGGACAAGAAUACUGGCUGCGGCAUCAACUGUGCUGUGGCAGUGACUUUUAUGCUGGAAGACUCUUGCCGUGGCUUCACCAGAUACAGGAGCUGGACUUGUUCACAUCACGGUUUCCUGGGUUGGUGCUGUGGUGAUUGCACUGUCUUUCCUACACCUGACUUUUGUAAGCAUCCCAUCACUUUUUGUCCCACAGAGAGGAGGAGGCAGGAAGACAGAAUGAGGCUACCCAUAGGAGGCUUCUUUUGUCUGGAUCGUUCCAUAAAUUGGCACGUGCAGGAGAAGGAUGAUCACUCAGACCUCCAGAGCUUCAGCCUUUGUACAGUUCCCUGGUAGGAUGCUACGGAUGAGUUGUUCAUGUUACCUUAAUUAUUUUGUCUCAUAAUCAUGGAAGGAGAAGACUGGGCUUUGGGUCUUUAAAAUAAUAGUGCAGUUGGGGAAGGCAUAGGCAAGAUCUGCAUGGCUGAACUAUUUUGCAGAGAAGACACAUUGCUUUGUGUGGGAUCAUUGAAGUCUCCUGCUUCAUGCUGUGCUACUUUCAAAGCAGCGUCUUCUAUGUAUUUGGCUCAAUGCAAUAAUACAUAGCCAGUCACUGGAAACCAUAAUAACAUCCACUACACCAAUGCAUUUGUUUCUGGCAUUACAGAGAGUUGUUUCCCAAUUAAAGAAAUUGUAAUAAUUUUUAAA